AUGGUAAAAGAGUCCCGGCGCGAAUUAUUCAGUUUACAAAAGAGUUACCGUCGUUUAGCUACCAACCCAUCACCGGAUGAUUUUAGCAAUGUGAAACACGAAACGAACAACGAAAAUAUUCCAGUACCCGGUAGUCCAUUUCGUAUUAGCACUAUAUCUGGAUGUGAUCCAACGCGUGUACGAGCUUAUGGUCCAGCGCAACGACAAACGAAGCCACAACGUUUACAAUUGGAACAGAUAGCCUUGGUUUGGGAAUCGAAGGUCCAAGUGUUAAUGUUAAAAUGCCUCAAACGAACUAAUGUACAGCAAGAAAUUUUGAUCGAUGGACAAGCUGCAGGACCAGGAACUCCGGCUAUUGAUAUAACAGAUGUUCACGGUCGACAUAAACCUGCGCAUAUUAGAUCUCGUGGUGAAGGUAUUUAUGUAGCUGAAUUUACAUCAGCAAGUGAAGGACAGCAUCGUGUUGAUAUAUCAUGGAGUGAUAAUCCAAUACCAUGGGGCCCAUACAACGUUCAAAUAUUGCCACAUUUCGAACCACGUAAAGUUAUUGUUGACGGUCCAGGCAUUCGAAGUGGUGUACCAGCAUCCUUACCUAACAAUUUUCGUAUUGAUACAAGAGAAGCUGAUCCUGGGAUCAAUCCACAUAUUCAAGUUGGUGAAGUGUACACAAUUACAGUGUAUACGCACAAAGCUGGACCAGGUGCCGUCAUGUGUCGCAUCCGUAGUACACAUGGAAACGAUUUAGAUAUUGACAUAGUUGAUAACCAAGAUGGUAUAUUCAAUAUAUUUUAUACAGCGCAUAAUCCGGGUAAUUAUACGAUCAAAAUUAAAUUUGGUGGACAAAAUAUUCCUGGUGGCGAUCGUAUGGUCACGGUAAGUGUCUUAAUCUGA